AACUUUUGAGCAAGAGUAGACAAAUUAAGACUUUUCUUUUCUUGGUCAAGAUAAUUAAGUCUUUUCUAUAUUUGAUUACUGGAUUUGUACGGGAAAUUCAUUUCCUGUUUUUUAGGCUAACUCUUUGACUUUCUUUUUUUUGUUUUUGAUAACUUUCCUUUGUAUUAUUUAUAUACAAAGAGAGAGAAUUAUCAAUAAUUUAAACAAGCCAAGGAGGGUUAGGACGACGAUUCACCAUGGGGAAUAAGGGAAAUCUAGGAUCUGUGAUCUUCUUCUGGGCUCUGCUGGUUGCUGUGGUAGCCAUGGCCACCGAGCAUCGUCCCAUUGAGCGGACUAAAGGCAUCAAUGGUCUCGACAAGAUCAUCGUCCGCGACCAUCGCGGUCGAUCUUUUGAGGUUUACUUGUAUGGAGGACAAGUAACUUCUUGGAAGAAUGAGAAGGGAGAAGAAUUACUUGUUAUGAGUAGUAAGGCUAUCUUCAAUCCUCCAACACCGAUUCGUGGAGGAAUUCCAAUAUUGUUUCCGCAAUAUAGUAACACCGGUCCACUUCCCUCACAUGGAUUUGCAAGACAGAGGUUUUGGGAAGUUGAGGCUAAUCCACCUCCUUUGCCAUCAAAGACUUCUUCUCAUGCUUUCGUUGACCUGAUCCUACGAUCAUCCAACGAUGAUUUGAAGAUCUGGCCUCACAAGUUUGAGUAUAGACUGAGAGUAGAAUUGGGACAUGAUGGAGAUUUGACGUUGACUUCUCGUGUUAAGAAUUCUGACACUAAGCCGUUUAACUUCACAUUUGCUCUUCACCCCUAUUUCGCUGUUUCCAAUAUCAGUGAAAUCCAGGUCGAAGGAUUGCACAAGUUGGAUUAUCUUGACCAACAAAAGAACAGAACACGUUUCACUGAUCAUGAGAAGGUUAUAACUUUCAAUUCUCAACUUGACAGGUUGUACCUAAGCACUCCAGACAACAUAAGAAUCGUGGACCAUAAGAAAAAGAAGACUCUUGUUGUACACAAGGAGGGACAAGUUGAUUCAAUUGUGUGGAAUCCAUGGGACAAGAAAGUGUCCGAUUUAGGAGUUGACGACUUCAAGCGUUUCGUAACGGUGGAAAGCGCGGCUGUCGAGAAACCAAUCACGGUGAACCCGGGCCAAGAGUGGAAAGGAAUACUACAAAUGUAUGUGGUUCCUUCGAGUUGCGCCAGUGGAAAGCAUGACCCUGAGUCUUGUAUUCAUCAUCCUUGAUAAAACAAAAAAAACAAAAAAAAAAAAACACUUCAAAACUGUCUUAUUAAAGUAUACUGCUUGACGUUCCCAAGAAACAUCACAUGGCGAACAUAUGAAGUUAGUUGGGUGGGAUCCAAACUGGACUCUUGACCAGUUUUAUUGUUUUGUAAUUGUAGUGUUUCGUAAAUCUCUGUCAAAUAAUAAAGUGGAAAGGUGUUUUUUAUUGGGUUCAA